GCCUUAGCCCCAUCAAGUCCGGCUCGAUAGCCUCCCGAGAAACACCUGGCUCUUUCCUCUCUGUCUGCCCGCUCCAUGGCGUCAAAUCUUGCGCCGCAAUUUGUAGCGAUGACCUCGGAACCAUACCUGCUGCUUUCCUUCCUGCGUGGAUUUUCUCAGUCUCCUGUGCUCUUUUCCUCGUUAUCUGGCAUUCUCCGCUCGGCUAAGUCGAUCUCUUUCUGCCACCGGUCGCCAGAAGGGAUUCUCGAACUCGGCACCUGCUACGAACAACUCACUGUCCAGUGCGCAAUCGAUAUGGCGCGCAUUCGCGCGUGCCACAUGCCCCGUGCCGACCUGAUUUCUGCCCGGCAAGCAGCAGACGUCCUCCUGCGGGCAGCGCCUAGAACGCGGAGGCUUUUCUCCUCCAUUCUCCCAGAGGUUACUUCCGCAAACCUUAUGAUCGCGUGUCGGCGCCUCGCAACGGCCAAUCCCGCUGCCUUUGGCCUGCUGAAUAGCAUCCUUAAAGUUAAGAGAGGGGAGACAAUGCACAGCUGGCGUCAUCGCGAGAUCGCUCUCAUCGAUUGCGUUCGCCUCUGUGUGGUCGACUUGGACCGGGCUACUGGCUGCCUGGCACGAUGCGCCGACGUAUCUCUUGGAGACAUGAGGGAUAACAUAUCACCCUCGGUAACGGGAGGCCAGCAUCGGUAAUAAGGCGACGACGGCACUUGCUCUGCACAUACCGCUUGCUAAACCCUGCAUCCUCUGCUCGUUCCUCCGCUAGACAUGCCUGAUUCGUUGUCUAUCCAUCUGCGCUUCGCCUUCUCUACCUCGUCAAAUUCCGACAUGCGGACGCUGCAGGUGUAUUCGCAAGAGAAUGGCCAAGAGACCGAAUUAUACAAGUU